AUGACGCGUUUCGGCAGCUUGUUAGCCGGUGCCGUGCGCGACGGUUUCGCCAAGGACGUGGACGACGUGAAUUCGGUAGAUUACGGUGGUUGCAAAUCAGAAGUACCGGAGGCGGACACGACGUCGAUUACGGCCAUCAUCGACCAGCAGCGGGAGGAGGGCGACGCCAAGGCGGCAAUGACCCUCGCACGGGAGUACACGAUGGAAUUCGUGGACGAAGAACAUGCCGCCGCGAAGCGCGAGGAAGAAGACCUCGCGUACGCGGAGCGCCUCGACAUCGAGCUCAAGGACGAAUUGGUCGCCGAGCGCCGCGACCGCGAGCUCAAGGACGGCGACUGUGCCAAGGCGGCGCAGCUCGAGCUCGACGGAGCGGAGGCCUUCGAGCGGGGCCUGGCGGAGGCCAAGGGCCUGGAGGAGGCGAAAAGGCUCGAAGCGCGGAUCGCGCGGUCGAAUUUCGCGGCGCGCAAGCGCCGCGACGCGCUCGCGAGCGACGAGGAUCUGAACGUGGGCCAGUGCUGGCGCGACGCCAUGAAGCGCGUCGACCUCGAGGACGUCGGCGACGCCGUGGCGCUGUCCGUCCAGCUCCCGUCCCUCGCGGACGUCAAGGUCGAGGCGUCCGGCAAGGUCGUCAAGGUCGUCGCGACGCGCGCGUCCGCGGCCCUCCGCGCGUCGAACUGGGCGUCCAAGGACGCGGGGCCCAAGACCAUCACGCUCAAGUUCGAGCUGGUCUGCCCCAAGUCCGCCUCCGACGUCUCCUACGACUACGACUGCGAGGCCGGGCUGUUGCACCUCUUUCUGGACGGUAUCCAGCUCGCGUCUCUGGACGAGGCGACGCGGGCGAAGACGCUCACGAGCCUCCGCGCGCGCCUCGCUCAGUCCGCGGCGGCGAAGGUCGCCAGCUUCAAGAAGGCGUUUGCCGGCGGCCCCGCAGGUGACGCCGCGCCGGACCUGUCCCUCGUCGGCCUCGGCAUCACGCCCAAGGCCAUCUAG